UCCUCAACCCAACACCAGAACCAUGAGCUGCUGUGGCUGUUCCGGAGGCUGUGGCUCCAGCUGUGGGGGCUGCUGCUCCAGCUGCUGCAAGCCUGUGUGUUGCUGCAAGCCUGUGUGCUGCUGUGUGCCUGCCUGUUCCUGCUCCAGCUGUGGGGGCUGCAAGGGAGGCUGUGGCUCCUGUGGGGGUUGUGGCUCCUGUGGGGGCUGCAAGGGAGGCUGUGGCUCCUGUGGGGGUUGUGGCUCCUGUGGGGGCUGCAAGGGAGGCUGUGGCUCCUGCGGGGGCUGCAAGGGAGGCUGUGGCUCCUGUGGGGGCUGCAAGGGAGGCUGUGGCUCCUGUGGGGGUUGCAAGUCCAGCUGCUGUCAGUCUAGCUGCUGCAAGCCCUGUUGCUGCUGUGAGUCUAGCUGCUGCAAGCCCUGUUGCUGCUGUGAGUCUAGCUGCUGCAAGCCCUGCUGCUGUCAGUCCAGCUGCUGCAAGCCCUGUUGCUGUCAGUCCAGCUGCUGCAAGCCCUGCUGCUGUCAGUCUAGCUGCUGCAAGCCCUGCUGCUGUCAGUCCAGCUGCUGCAAACCCUGCUGCUGUCAGUCCAGCUGCUGCAAGCCCUGCUGCUGUCAGUCCAGCUGCUGCAAGCCCUGCUGCUGCCAGUCCAGCUGCUGUGCUCCUGUGUGCUGUCAGUGCAAGAUCUAAGGUCCUGGUCAUAGUCCUCCAGUAAUCCUG